AUGGCUGAAGGUUCACUGGAGCUUCCUAGUUAUUUAGCAAUCUUAACAUUGGCCGAUGAAGUUUUACUGCCUGGAUCAUCCAUUAGAGUAUCGAUUACAGAUACUAAGGGGAUUGCUUUAAUUCGUCGUAGACUUCUCAGAAGGCGAACAUUGCAAAGCACCAUUAUUGGUGUUGUACCUAAGCAGAGAUUGGAUGAGGAAUUAAUCUCCCAAACUGGUACAGCAGCGCUAGUUGUUCAGAUAACCGGUGUUUCAUCGAACGGCGAACAAUCCUAUUCCUUAUUGCUGACUGGGUUAUGUCGAUUUAAAGUAGAUACAAUCGAACAAGAGCACCCGUAUUGCAUUAGCAAAAUCACUCAGUUAGAUAGGCUUCCAUUUGUGAAAGCUAUGGAUCAAGAAUUAGCUAACGUUAUUGAUUCCUUUCGCACUUCCACGAAAGAAUUUAUCGAUAUGUUAUCUCAAUUGGGAACGGCUUAUCCCAUUGUUGCUAAAUUAAAGAGAAAUUAUCUAGAAUGGAUGGUUGACCUGCCGUGGAAGAAAUCAACGGAAGAUAAAUUAGACAUUAAUAAAGCAAAGGUGGACUUAGAUGACGAUCAUUUUGGCAUGAAAGAACUAAAAAAACGCGUUUUGGAGUAUUUAGCUGUCAGACAGUUAAGAAAUGAUUUAAAAGGACCGAUUUUAUGCUUCGUUGGUCCACCGGGCGUAGGCAAAACCAGUGUCGGCCGAUCGAUCGCAAAAACUUUGGGUAGAGAAUUUUUAAGAAUUUCUCUUGGAGGCGUCUCUGAUCAAUCCGAAAUUAGAGGCCAUAGGCGUACCUAUAUAGGUUCAAUGCCAGGCCGCAUCAUCCAAGGAUUGAAAAAUAUUGGCGUUAAUAAUCCAGUAUUCCUACUUGAUGAAGUUGAUAAAUUGAGUAAGGGAAUUCAUGGCGAUCCUGCAGCUGCUCUUUUGGAAGUACUGGACCCUGAGCAGAAUAAUACAUUCACCGAUCACUACCUCAAUGUACCAUUCGAUCUGUCACAAGUGAUGUUUAUUGCCACUGCUAAUACUUUACACACUAUACCUUCAGCUCUGUUAGAUAGGAUGGAGGUAAUAGAAGUACCUGGAUAUACUCAAGAAGAAAAAGUGGAAAUUGGUGCCCGCCACUUGGUUGCGAAACAAUUAACGCAACAUGGUUUAAGAAAUGACCAGCUUGAAAUUCCAAGUGAAACAAUUAAAGUUAUAGUUUCCCGUUAUACUCGUGAAGCUGGUGUGCGCUCACUAGAACGAAAAUUAGGAGCAAUUUGUAGAGCUGCAGCUAUUAAGAUUGCUGAGCGGUCAAUAGGUACUUCUGAGGACAGGAAUAAAGAUAAGAUAAAAGAACCAGCAAUCCAUCAGAGUAGUGAUAUAUCGAAUUCUAUCGUCGUUGAUGAAAGUGCUUUGAAAGAAAUACUUGGUCCUCAUAUUUAUGAACAUGAGGCAUCGCAGCGCCUUACCUCACCUGGAAUUGCAGUUGGCUUAGCUUGGACCCCUAUGGGCGGUGAAAUUUUAUUUGUCGAAGCUAGCAAAAUGAUCGGUGAUGGUAAAUUGAAGUUGACUGGACAAUUAGGUGACGUAAUGAGAGAGUCCGCAUAUCUAGCUCUUACUUGGCUUAAAAGUCAUCCAGAUCAGAUACUUGAAUCAAUGAACAAGCUCGAUAUUCACAUCCAUUUUCCUGCAGGAGCUGUUGAGAAAGAUGGACCAUCAGCUGGUAUAACCAUAACCACGGUGCUCGUAUCACUGUUUAGUGCUAAAUGCGUUCGCUCAGAUACGGCAAUGACAGGAGAGAUAACUUUGCGUGGACAAGUACUACCUGUUGGGGGUAUUAAAGAGAAAUCACUAGCAGCCCAUCGCGCAGGCAUCAAAAGGGUAAUCAUUCCGCAACGGAAUUUGAAAGAUUUAGAAGAUGUUCCAGAAAACGUUAAGUCCUGUCAUCCUUUUUCAUCCUACUAG